CAGCCUCCUCCUAGCGACAACAGCAGAGCUGUCAUCAAUUAGCUUAUAACGCACAUCCCACAUCCAAAUCACAUACGCACUGAUCCUUUGCCAAGUUCAAGAUCCAAGAGUGCGCCAUGUAUUUGUGGCGCCACGCAGCUGCAUCGCUGCCACUGCUGCUGUUGUUGCUAGGCGAGUUGACCAGCGUACUGGCCUGGAUGAAGUACAACAGCUAUACGGCCACAAGCAGGAAACGCACGGAUUUGCGUAGGCGAUGUCCCAAUGUGCGCGCCAUAAGAAACUUUGAUCUGGAGCAAAUGAUGGGCUAUUGGCAUGUGGUGCAGUAUUAUGCAUCCACUGAGGAGCUGCCAGAGUACGCUUGCAUGCGCAGUCACUUUGCCUUCUCCAGCGAGGAUCAGCAUAUUACCAUGAACUUUAGCUACAUUUUUGCUGAGGAUCCGUUGCGCGAAAAGCUGCAGGGCAACAUUACUUGGCUAAUACCGGAUUUUGGCACACCAGCGCAUUGGAUGCACACUGAAGAUAUAUACGAGGGCAUCUAUAAUACGUAUGUGCUGGACACGGACUAUCGGAACUGGGGCCUUAUAAUGCACUGUGCCGAGAAGAAGAAGCAUCCACGCUACUUGUCUGCUUUGUUACUUUCCCGGGAGCCCACACUGGGCGAGAAUGUCAUCACAUUUUUGCGUGAAAAGUUGCCGCGCUAUGAUAUUGACUUGUCCUUUAUGUUUAGCAUUAAUCAAACGUCAUGCGACCAUCUUAUGGAGUCCAGCAAGGAUGAUCCACUUGCGUAUAUUGUAAAUAGCCAGCUGAAUUCAGGCGAUAAUUUUAAAAUUAUAAAUAAAUUAUAA